UUUAUCUCUAUCUUGUGUUUAACUAUGAUCGCUCUGGCCGUUCUUGUAUUUAUCCUGGUUGCUGCGGACGCGGGUGGCGGGCCGUCUUGAGUGGUGGAAAUGGCGAGAGGAUAGAUCCGAGGAGUUUUUGUGGAUGUGAUGGGUUCCCGACGUGUGUAGAGGUGCGUGUUCCCGCCAUUUGCCUCACGCUAGCCGAUUUUCUUGCUUAAUUCCAAAGAAUUCUCUUUAGCUGCUUAACAGGUUUUACGGAGACUUUUUGGAUUUGCUCGUUUGAGCCACAGAAGUCCCCAGAGCUUGCUCUCAUAGCCCUUCGGCUUCCACUGCACGCCCCAGAAGGACACCUGCAGCACCGCAACCGCUAGCGCUUCGCUCGCCGCAGACACCACCUGAACAUCCAUCCUACAGCAGAGAUGGCCCCAGUCGUCGCCGCGGCCCCCCAGGUCCUCGUCGACGAGUCCACGCGCCUCGCGAACAGCACCGUCGCGCGCAUCGUCAAGGCGAGCAAGGGCGGCUCCCUCAGCGACCCAACCAUAAAAAAGCAGUGCGUCGAGAAGCUCCAGAAGAUCAAUGGGGAAUUGAAAGGCAGAAUUGCGGACGCCGACGCGUUGGCCGCCCACGAGGCCAUGAAGAGCGGGAUCACCGGUGCUUUAGGCUGUGAUCAUACCAAAUUAAUAUCUGUGUUGUGCACGCGCACGAAGGCGGCCUUACAACGUACAAGACAGGCCUACCGCAAGGCCUACGACAAGGAUUUAGCGAAAGAAGUCGCCUCGGAGACGUCCGGCGUGCUAGGGAGCAACUACGGCAAGAUGAUGUCGUAUGCGUUAGAUGGACCUGAGGAGUACGUCGCGGACUUGAUACAUGCGGCGUGCCACGGCAUGGGCUGCGACGAGGGAGCUCUCAUUGAGUUAUGUUUAACGAGAUCCCCGGAACAACUAGCAGCAGGAAAGAAAUGCUGGGAGGGGCGGAAAGAUAAGGCUCUAUUCGACUACCUCGGCAAGGAGCUCCCCGACCUGACCUACAAAAAUUUGAAAUAUCUACUGCUCGAAAUUUUGAAGGGCAAAAAGCAGUGGGAUGCCCCCGUAGACGAGGCGCGCGCCGCCAAGAACGCGGACAUUAUCAAGCAGGAGGGUCGGGGCAUGUUCUCGAGCAUGGACUUCAACAAGGUCGCCGAUUGCUUACUUGCUGGUCCUCCUUCCGAGACGAGACUACUGGCAGAACUAUAUGAAAAGAAGUACGGCAAGUCCCUAAAGGCCAAGCUCGAGAAGAAGGGCCCCAAGGUCUGGGCCAAGGCCGCGACGGCGCUGCUCGUCACUCCAGAAGAAUUCGUGGCCAUGCGGCUCCAAGGGGCGAUGAAGGGCUUCGGGACCAAUGAGAAGAAGUUGGUGCGGCUGCUCGGUGGUCUGGAUCAUUCUAGUAGACCGUCGAUGCCCGCGGUCCUCCAGGCCUACGAGAAGAAGUACGGCAGGACGUUGCGGGAUGCUCUACGCUCCGAAAUCAGCGGCAACUUCCUCAAGGCCUCCCUGGCCUGGAUCAGUGCGUUGGAGGACCCGGCGCAGGCCAACGAAGCAUUAACGACGAAAAAGUUUGACGAAGUGGAAGAUACAGAUGAAUUACUAGACGCGCUGCUCAUGGAAAAUGAGUCCCUGGGGGGCAUGAUGGCGUCGCUCGACGCGCGCGCGAUUUACGAAGCGUGUCAUGGGUUCGGCACGUCCGACUCGAAGCUCAUCAAGAUCGUCUCUGCGCGCUCGAAGCCGCACUUGCAAAAAGUCGCGGCGGCCUACUACGCGCAAAGGGACAAGCCCAUGCUGCACCGGUUACGAAAGGAGACGAGCGGCUGGUACAAGAAGCUGCUGACGUACUUAGUAGAAAGCCCGGAGGACGCGGACGUGCGAGCCCUGGACUCCGCGAUGGACGGGCUUGGCGCUGAUGGGAUGGCUAUCGUAGAUUUCCUCGUGGGCCACUCGCAAGCUAGAGUGCGCGCCGCCAAGGCCAAGUGGGAAGGUAAACAUGACAAGUCGCUGGUGGAUAGAAUUCGUUCGGAACUCCACGGCUCGAACAAAACCUUAGCCUUACAGCUCUUGAAGGGCGAGCGCGACGAGCAGGGCGCGCCCAAUCCCACUCUAGCCCAGCAGCAGGCCGAGACCCUGCACAAGGCGGCGCGCGGCAUGGGCACCGACGAGGACUCCUUUAUUUUGGUGCUGGCCAAGAAUUCGCCCGCGCAGAACGUGGCCACGCGGACGGCCUACGAGAACAAGUACGGCCGGUCCCUCGACAACCUGAUUACGAAGGAGAUGUCCGGUAAUCUGGCGAAGUGCCUGCAAGCGUUGCUACUGCCGCCGGCGGACUACUACGCGAUGCGCCUGCGCAAGGCGUUUGUCGGCCUCGGCACUUCUGAUAAAGUAGUGGUGCGCGUUUUGGGCGGCCACGACAAGGCGGAUAUACUAGCCAUCGCCGCGGCCUACCAAAGAAAGUACACGUCGCACCUCAAAGAUUCAAUAAAAAAGGAGUGCUCGGGCAACUACAAGCGGCUGGCCAUGGCCUGGGUGAGCGUUCCCGACGCCCUGGCGGACCCCGACGCGCCCAUCGAGAUCCCCGAGGAGACGCAGGAGAAGGAGGAGGCGCCGCCGCCCCCCGAGCCCGAGGAGCCCGAGCCCGCGACGCCGCCGCCGCCGCCGCCGGCGGCCUACAAGCCGCCGCCGGCACCGGUGUACCAGCCCACGGCCGUCGCGCAGCCCGUGGCGCCGCCGCCGCCAACGUUCAUGACCGUUCCUGUACCCAUGGGCGUGUUCCCCGGGAUGACGGUUGUAGUGCAGGCGCCCACCGGCCAGCGGCUCGCGGUCAUCGUGCCCCAGGGCGUCGGGCCGGGAGGAGUCUUCAAGGUGCCGAUCCCGGCGCCGCCGCCGCCGCAGAUCCGCUACUACUAGGCGGUCGUUUUGCCGUGCCAUACAUCGGGCCCGGCCAGUCUUUGUUCCUCCCGACCCCGCGCGUAACUUGGACAUUUCACUU